AUUGCAUUGGUCACUGGGGGAAAUCGAGGGAUCGGUUUCGGUAUCACCACCCAGCUUUUACGCAACGGAGUGAAGGGUGACCAUGGUCAGUGUUAACGAAACGCGUGGAAGUAAGGCCGUUCGGUUACUAACUGAGGAGUUUGGGAGUGGAAAAGUGAUUUGGAUCCGAGCCGAUGUUAGCGACGAAAGAGAACUUGAGGAAGCGUUUAAAGUAUCAACUGCCCACUGGGGGGCUUUGGAUAUUGUUGUAAAUGACGCUGGGGUGUCCGACGAGUCAAACCCGGUUCGAGUAAUAAACGUUAACGCGGUGGGAGUAAUGCAAGGCACCAUAUUAGGGUUCAGAGCUCCGAAUCCGUAUCUGGAGGCCAGCUGGGCGACGAUUGAGGUUCUGGACUCGGACUUGAUAGUGGACUGUCCCAGGAACGUGUGA